ACAUAGCCUUUACUGACAGCAGCAACAACCAGCAAGCAACCUGACUUACAUUGAGGAAGUUACAAAAUGGCAGACUGGUACUUCUUAACUUUCUGUUUCUUUCUUGACAAGUUAGGUUUCGUUUAAAGUCUGGAGCGAACCGCCACCGUCCUUAACGAGUAAGAUAUAGGCUAAUGCAGAAAUAUAAUGACAAUAUUUGCAAAAUAAGGAUACCGGUAUUCCAGCCUUAAGUCUCCCAUUAACUGUUUAUGACAUCUCGCUUCCUGGUUGCAACAUAUUUUCCCAAGAGGACCUAACCGAGCAAGCCAGUGGCGUAACAAUGUGUUGUCUACAGUAAUACGGAAUUUGAGCAGCCAACGAGUAACACAAAGCUACUGAUUUAUGACAUUUUGGAUUACUUUUUUUGUUGCUGAUGAUGACAGACUCUUCUGAUGUUCUUCAAAAGGAGAGAAAACAGACUGACCAGAAACUCCGCUUCGCUAGCUAGCCUAAUCAUGGAGAAUGAUAUCAGACCGAGAGAAGGUCUUUUGGAGCCAGUGCUUCCAGGUUCAGCAAUAUUUGAUGACAGUAUUCUGCCCCCCUUAUACAACUCUUACCUGUAUGAGGAGUCUAGGAAGUCUUUCAUUUACAGUUCUGCACAUCUGAUAAAUAAUGAUAUCUUGCAGAAACGAUACGCUGCCUUCCGAGUGGAGAAAAGAGAGAGAGGCUACACUGAGGAGGAACUCGAAGAGUCGUUUGGCUUCCUGUUGUUUGAGGAUGAAAGCAAGGCAAACAAACUUGGGGAUAGUGGUCUACUCACUGGUCACAGCACAAUCUCUACGCUUGGAGAUCCUUCAAAGGGAGUGUGUGUUUCAAAGUACUCAGACUGCCUGGACGUGAAACGAUGGUACUGUGGGAAGUCGGGGUAUAUUGCUAUAGUGAGACUCACCAAGGGCAGGGUGAAAGAAGAGAGUGAGAACUACACAGUGAACUUCACAGUUCCCACAGAAGGGUUUGAUUGCCAUGAGUCAGAUCAGCUUAGAACAGUCACAGCCACUACCAGCUCCUUUCUGGCAUUCGAGAGAACUCAGCACUACAUGUAUGAGCUUUUGAAUGGAGGUAAAGACACAGAGAAGUGUCCUAGGCAGGUCUGCCCAUUUGCAAUAGUGGCAUUCUCAUAUGAAAAAGCAGAGCCGGCUGUUCCUGAGUCAUCAGAGAAAAGUCAAGAGAAAACAGUGUUUUGCUACCAGCCCUGGACAGGCCAAUUGGUGAUUGACUCUUUCGUCUAUGAAAUUGGACUGAAGUCCAGCAGUGGAGCUUUGUUACCAGCGCAACUCCCGAAGACAUUAAGGAUCAAAAGUGUAAUCAGAGUAUCUGAUCUGACGAUGUUAUUGCCAAAGGAAAUUUUUGAAACCUGUUUUUCUGGUGAAGUUAUGGUGGGAGGAAAAUGUUGCAGUCUUUAUGAAGUGGUAUCCACUGAGGCAGAUGACAACCUUCUCUCACUUCUCACUGGAAAGCUGAAAGAGAAGGACAUAGCUCUUGUUUUUACGUUGUGUGACUCUGGCUUUUUCGUGCUGUUACACUCAUCUUACUUCCUUUCUUAUGAAGAUGCGAACUCUGAGAAAACAGAGGCGUUACAAGGCUUGUUUAUAUUCCCAGAAUCUCGAACUAUACAGCGAGAUACUAAGAGUUGUCGAAAAAAGUCACCAGUAUCAUCUGAGAUUCUUCAAGUCCUGCCAGCAUUGAACUAUGCAGAGACAGAAGUGGAGAAGUCUGGCCCAGGGCAGCAUGAGAAAAUCAGAAUACUUAUGGAGAAACACCUUGAGCAUUAUGGGACUCUGAUUCAUCCAGGAUUGCAGAGCAGUCCCCCAAGGGAGGCCAGUAUGUUUCCUGACCAGUAUGAUGUGCCCUAUGUGUUCAAACACCUUUUUCCAACACCAAAGUGGACAGAAGUCAUCCAGUUGCAAAUGAGAUCGUACUUGGAUCAGCCUCGCUCCUUUGAGUUUCCUGUGAAAAGGGCUACUGAGCUGCUUUGGGUUGGUCGAGAGCAGCGUAGAGAUGACCCGGAUGAUGAGGUGUAUUACUGCAUCUCAUCACCAGAGGAGGCUUCUAGGACUCCAACAAGGGAAUGGCUUGAGAAGCCUUUGGAAGCAGAUGUCAGCUGCCCUACUGACACAUUUAGGGGGAUUAACUCUGCUGCUGAAGAGUUAUCAGACCGUUAUGAGCCGCCAGAGUCACCCCCUGAAUCAAUGCAGCAUGAUCUGUCUGACUUAAGUAAAGGGAAUACUGAGAUAAUGAGCAAGGAAAGCAGUCCUGCCGCAAAAACUUCACCUACAACUUUGGGGGUGGAACUUACAGUAGCAGCAGUAUCCACGGAGAUAUCACCACCUGCAGCUGCAGUGGUCACACAGGAAGUCUUGACAGAGUCAUUUUCAUCACUGACGUCCACAGAUUUCCCAAAGGAGUGUGUAUUUGCGAACUCUUGUGAUGACCAGACACUGAAGAUUAGCUCAUCUGCUCAGGAAGUGAUGACUAAUGAAAGUACACUCCAUAUCAGUUCAAAGACCAGUGUGCCUAUGGAGGUUAGUGAUGCCAAAUGUGCUGAGACUGAGGCAAAUGUGGCUCCUUGCCCAGAAAUGGAGAACAAAGCACCCACCAAACCUGACUGGAGGACGCUACCUCGGCGUCGAGGCAGGAAACGCAAGAGAAUAUUGAAACCACCUGUGUCAAAAAUUAGCUUAAAGCAGUCCAGCAGUUUAUCUCCCAAUGUUGCAGCAGAGGUCACAGAUGACCGUUGUGUGGGGGCUGAACAGAACCAACCAAAUACUGAAAAAGUUCAGUCAAGCCUGCAGAAACGGAACAGUGAAGAUUUUAACAAGACAUUUGUUGAUCAGGCUGAAUUGCAACCCAACAAUUCUGCAUCCAGUGAAUGUUUGGAAAAUAGUUAUUCCCAGAGUCAGGAAAGAGAAGAAAACCAAUCAUCUGACUCAGAAACUCCCUCUAAAACUAUGUGUAGGAGUUUUCCUAGACGUUGUAGGAUAGAGCAGAACAGUCAAACUGAUGUACCCAAGAGGGGUAAGAAAGAGAUUUUGGGAGAAUGUAGUAUAGAGACUACAAGAAGCCAUCCACCAAAAAGGAAGAUGGACAGACCAAGUCUAAGGUGUGACCUAAAAACUAUAAUUACUGACUGCGGAAGGAUAUUUGUUCCCCAUGGCACUGAAGUGUUCGAUAAGGAUUUAGAGUUAGCGUUGAAGGGGCAGAAAACAGCUGAUGAUGAGAGUGGUUUGAAGAAAACCGAGGUUGAAGAGUCAAAAUCGCUUUCAAUAUCUUCAGAUAGAGCAGACAGUGUAGGCAUCAGUGAGACCGUAAAUGAUGAAUUGGUGCCAAAAGUAAUGGAUGACAAAGAGGAUUCACUAGCUUUGACCAAAGACAUAGGAGCAACUACAGAACACGCAAAGGAAUCCCAAGUUCAGAAUCCAGACAGGCCCUCAUCUUUAUGUCAGUCAGAACAGAAGUCUCCCACUGUUCAUGAACAACACAACACUGGAAAUGAGUCUUCCAGUGAAUCAAAGUUAGUUAUAGAUGAGGCUAAGGAACCCUGUAGCACAGACUCUUCUCAAAAGAAGAAGAAAAGAAGUGCUGAAUACACUAUUAUUUCAAUCAGUCAGUUAAGAACUGUUUUGAGGAGAGGCAAAAAAGAUGCUGCUUCAGCUGCGGAGAAGACAAAAGAAGUUGAAACAAGUGAGUCUGAGCCUAAUUUAAAGAGACUUAAAGAUGAUGUUCACAGCAACGAUGACCGUAAAAACAACAGUGACAGUGUCUGUGAGGGUAACUCAGACCAAGCCAGCCCAGCAACUCCCACAACUGAGGAUUCUGAGGGCCUUCGGCAAAGUCAGAAACAUCAGAGUUUGCUGGAUUCUGCACAGGAACCAUCUGACAAAAAAACCCUGGAACCUGGCAUGAAACUGGGUAAAGACUUGAAUGAGCUGACUCAAUUUAAAGAUGUGCCAUCGCCUAAAAAGGCAUCAACAAUUAGAAACAAACGUGCCAAUCCCCCAAGAAAAUUGCGUAAGAGGAAAGCCGUCUUCAAAGAAAAUGAGUGCCUCAGUUUUGACACAGCAGCAGCUCAUAACACUGACCAAUUAAACCAAGCUCAGUGUCAAACAGCUAAUGACCUCACUGGGCAUGUGUUGGAAGAGCCAUGUGUUGGUUCAGAUGAGAAGAGCUGCGGUCUGGAAGGAGUUGUCAACGCUGCAUGUCUGCCAGCUGAUGCUCUGACCUUACUGGCUGACAUAGCCCUCAGUGGCAAUAGUGGCAAAAAUGAAAGAAUGUUGCAAAACCUUCAAGUAGGUCUAGAGAGCAAGCUCAGUCAAAGACAGGGAAGGCAAGACAGUGUGAAGGAAAGUGGCUCUCAAGAGGCAGUGUCUGUCCUUCAUGCACUGCUGGGGCACCCUGCUGACAGAUUCACGAUACCCUCAAAGUCUCUGUUGUCAAAGGCUCUUCUUAUGAAGGGGCAAUGUGUUGUGGUCAUUUCGAAAGAUCAUUCUUACUCACAGCCACCAUCUCUGAUGUUAGGUUUGUCAGGUGCACCUCUCAAGGCUUUCUCAAGAAGUACAGAUUCCCUCACCCUGCCAAAUUCUCUGAGACUGCAAGGCAGACCUUUGAGUAGCAAAGAUGACAGGAUACUGCUACAAGUACAUCGCGAGGCCUCCUCAGACUCCUGGGAUAAAACACGUGUAAACAUAAAUGGAUGGGAGCCACCCAUGAAACAGCUGAUGUCGUCCAUCUCCAAGGAUGUGCCGAGGUCUAAACGGCAUAGACAGAUUGUUGAAAAAGAGGGAUCAAUUAAAGUGACAAGACCGUGGCAGGAACAAUAUGACUUCAGCCUGGACAGCAAGUUCACAAAUGACCCACAUGAUAAGACUGUGACGAGAGCACUGCACGGCCCAUGGGAUUUCAACAUCGGGGACAGUCCUCAAGAAGUCCAUCUGAUCUUCCACAUGUGGAUAGGUCUGUUCUACAGCAGAUCAGCAUCCAGAUUUUUUCACAUCGACCCAAAAUGUCUCAUGCAAGAUGGUGGAUUUACAAAGUUACCUGAUGAAGUUGAACUUCACUCCACUUCAGAAUUUUCUAAAUCUAAGGGGAUUAAAGUCUCAUCACAGUUCAACACCUCUUUGACGACAGUUCCCUCACCACUGCCUUCUGAGCCUGGGGGUUUAAAUCAAAGGGAUGAGACUACGAAAGCCUCCGCAUCUUCAUCUGAGGUGUUAGAUCUGUCACUGAAAGGUUGUAGGCCAUUGGACCUUACGUCUGCAAAUACCAAGACAAGGGAAUCCUCCAGUGAAAGACAUGACUCACAAUCUUUGGAAAACCUUGGUUGGCCUACAAACACAAACACCAAUAGUCCAUUGAGUGAAAGAAAGUCAGAGCUCGUCUCAACCAACAAUGAUUCUCAGUUCAGAGUCUACGAUGUUGUUGGGAGCAGUUACCAUGUGAAUGAUGUCACAAACUGGCCCCCGAAAAGCAGGGAUUAUGUUCAUGUUCAACAGGCAGCAAAUACAUGGAGUGAAACACAGAAGUCUUCUGACAUACUUCUGCCUGGCACCAAAGAGCUGGCCCAGCAGGGCAGUAGUGCAACUGUUGUUCAAUUAAACAGUACUGAUCAAAUUGGUCAUAAAGAAGACUCCAUCUCCUCAGUGGCAAAAUGUACAUCUCCAAAUCACACUGAAGACGUCUUUGCUCGUGGGGAAUCUACAACAGUGCCCCCAGAUAAUGGGAGCAAUGUUUUUAUCAAUCAUGAUAGUGUUGUCAAACCCCUUGGACAUGUGUCGGUAAAGAGUAAUACUGUUUCUUCUGUUGAAGCAACAGCGUCUGUACCAACUGAUAAUGACUCUUCUGCUGAAACAGCAGUGGCAGUUAAUGAUCAGAAUGAUUCUAAAAUGGAGACUGUCAUGACAGUGCAGGACCAGAAUGAUUCUAAAAUGGAGACUGUCAUGACAGUUCAGGACCAGAAUGAUUCUAAAAUGGAGACUGUCAUGACAGUGCAGGACCAGAAUGAUUCUAAAAUGGAGACUGUCAUGACAGUUCAGGACCAGAAUGAUUCUAAAAUGGAGACUGUCAUGACAGUUCAGGACCAGAAUGAUUCUAAAAUGGAGACUGUCAUGACAGUUCAGGACCAGAAUGAUUCUAAAAUGGAGACUGUCAUGACAGUGCAGGACCAGAAUGAUUCUAAAAUGGAGACUGUCAUGACAGUUCAGGACCAGAAUGAUUUAGGCGCUGAAACAGCAGUGGCAGUUCAUGAGCAGAAUAAUUCUGAAGUUGAGACUGUCAUGACAGUGCAGGAUGCAAACAAUUCUAAAGAUGACACCAUCAUGAUUGAGCAAUAUCUACAUGAUCCUAAAGCUGAGACCACCAUGCAGGAUACACAUGGUUUGAAGGCAAGUGUAAUUUUGGAUGUACAUGGUCCAAUUGAUUCAAGGGUUGAAAUGGUACAAGAGCAGACUGAUCCCAGCACAGAGAGCACCAUGACUGUGCAUGAUCCAAGUGAUUUAAAUUCCCAUACCGUCAUGAUGGUGGAUGAUCCAAGUGACUCUAAAGUUGAGACGGUAAAGAUUCCGCAUGAUCAAAAAGAUAGUCAAGCUGAAACCACCAUGACUGAGCCAAAGCAGGAUGAUUCUGAAACUGAUCCGGUCAUUAUUGUAUGGAAUCAGAAUCAGACUAAACCUGAAACGGCAGUGGCUGUGCGGGUCCCAUAUGAUGCUGAAGUUCAACCAGUCAUAACUGCACAGAAUCAGAAUGAGGCUAAACCUGAAACCGCAGCGACAGUGAAGACGCCAAAUGAAGUUCAGCCUUGCUUAGCUGUGCAGAAUCAGACUGAGAUCCAACCGGAAACAGCAGUGGCUCCACAGGCUCCACAGGAUUCUGAAGUUCAACCAGCUGUAACUGAGCAGAAUCAUGACACUAACCCUGAAACAGCAGUGGAGACCCAUAAUGACUCUGAAAUUAAGGCAAAUCUGAAGAUGAAUGAUCAGACUGGAUCAAAACCAAGGACGCCAGUGGUAGAAGGGGAAGAGAGUAACACUGAUGGUGAAACACAGGCAUUAGUACAGAUUAAUCUGAACACAGAAACAACAUCAGAAGAGAAUAACCGUUAUUCUGAAGAUAAAACAGUCAUGGAUUUGAAUGAAAAACAUGUACAAGUGCAUAAAGUGCUGGCGUAUUCUGUAAAUGAAUAUGAACACAAGGUACCCAUGGAGGUACAGCGAGAUUGCAACCUGGAAUGUGAGAAAUCCACUGCAGGUAAUGAACGUCGAGCCGACACAGUCACGGAGACUAGGGAAGAGAUUGACACAGUCAUGAAGGCUAUGGAAGAGAUUGACACAGUCAUGGAGGCUAUGGAAGAGAUUGAUCAUCAAAGUGCGGAACAUGAGAUUUUGCUAGAGGGGGCAGUAGUGAAAGCAUGGGAGGAUGAAAGCGAUCAUGAAGGAAAUGUGGAUGAAGAUUUAACAUUAACAAGAGAGCGAAAUGAGCAAAUGAAACAGUCAAGAAGUAUUGUGGCAGGAGAGACAAAGGAUGAGUCCAGUGCAGGUGGGACUGAGACGCCAAAUGAUGUAGAAGAACAACAGAAAACAAGCAAAAUGGCUGUGUUGACAUCAAGUCAGGUAGCACAUGAUCCAUGUCAUAUAACCAAAGUGCAUGAAUUAAAAGGCAUUGAGGACAAGAGAUCUCUCACUCCUACUGUUGACGAGAUACCUGAUAAUGCUAGUGUUUGUGUUGAUGAGCGAAGUCAUACCAUGGGUACAGGCAGUGCCCUCAGCCGAAGCUCUACCCCAACACAGGAUGAACUUCCAUCAGAUUGUGGAUCUGCUGCUUGUGAGCCUAGUUUUCAUGAGGCUCGUUCAGACCCUUAUGACAAAGCUUUGUAUGACACUGAAGGACUGGAUUUAGCAGCUCUUGGCCAUAUGAUCUCGUGGUUCAGGAAAGAACGAAAUAAUAAACGGGAGUUUAACUCUAGGCCAAGACAGAAUUCAGGGCCCUCACAACUCUCAACAAGACUUGCUACCUCCGUUGACAGCAGUUCAAGCCAGUCAAGUGGAAAGAUUCACUGGAAAUAUCCUAACAGUGUUAGCCAGUUCAGCUCAAAUAAGGGUCUCAAAGGGAGUUUCUUAGACUAUAUGGAGUCAAAUGUACAAAGCACCGAAUCAUAUAAGAUGCAGUGUGAGGAUGUUUCUAUGACUGAUCAGGAAUUUAAGUCAGAGGAUGUAACUUCACCAUUCCAUAGACAUAGUAGUAUGGACCCAUACGCCAGAGAUUCAGAGUCGAUUCUCAAAGUUCUCUCAAAGAGAACACCACAUGACCGUUUCCAUUCUAUAAGUGAGGCCAGUACAAGGAGGGACAGGAAAGAAAAACAAGUCCAAACUAAUCGAGAGGAAGAAAUUCUUGACACUGAAUCAGACUCAAUAACCAGAAUGGAAGAUAAACUACAAGAAUGGGGUUGUUGGAAAGAUUUGUAUUCAACUAAACAAAAGCAUUCAUCAGGGAGCCAUUGUCAGCAGAGGAGAAAUCCAGGACACAUUGAUACUUCUGGUAAGACUUGGCACUGGGAGGAAGAGGAAGAGGAACUUCAUGAUGCACUAUACUUUGGUGUGAACAGUACGUUUUUGAGGACUGGCCAAAUGGAAGAAUCGUCACAAAGCUCUAGUACAUCUUCAAGUGAAAGUGAGCAAGAAUCACUCUGUAAUAAACCCUUCAAGAAUUACAGAAAAGGGGAGGGACUUAAAGUAACAGUAGAUUUCAAACGAGGAGAUUGCAGCUUGUCUGGCCAUGAGUCCCCCAUAUGUGCUGUGCUGGAUGAUGAAGACAGGCAGAAGACCUAUAAGAACUAUCCCAUCACGAAACCUAGAACAACUAUGCAUUCUAGGACAAUUAAGAACACGUGCCAUAAAGGCACACAAAGAUAUGUGGAAAAGUUUCUUCAAAAGUGGGAUGAUCUGCAUCAGACUAAGGAUGAUGUCACUCAGUCUUCAAUGGAUUUUGAAUAUCUAAUCUUUUCAGAAAAAAUGAAUGAUAUUCUCAAAUGCAGCAAGUCAGAAAGAGAGGAGGGAUUGAGCAUGCCCUGCAAGAGUCCUGUGACCAUACAGUUUUCAUGUUUAAAUGAACAGGAUGCAUCUGAAGAAAUGUGUGAUGCUCUUCCAGUGUUUUCUGAAAGCAAGAUUAAGGUUACUUUGCAUGAUCGGAAAGAGGAGAGGGAGGAAGGAUCUGGACAUAUGCCCUAUCGUCUCCAAAGGCUCUCCUGCAAGAGAGAAAGUGUAGCAGCUUGCUCAAAGAUUUCAGCUAUUGCAGCGGAAUGCGCAAAGUCGUAUUAUGCAAUGAUGAAGGAUGUUUGUACAAACAGAAGUACCACCAGGCAAACUGACAGGAUCAGGAAGCAGCAGGAUUCUCCAAAGCUCAGAACCAGUAAGCCUGUUGAACUUUGUGGAAAGAUGAAGGAGGAUUUGUUUGAGCGCCUUCACGAUAGUCUGAAUUCUGUGGUAAGAGAGGCAUGCAAGACGAAGUACAGAUUUUUUAUCCUGGUGACAUCAGAGGAUCCUUUUUUCAGAGAGACAAAGGACCUGCUGGAGAACGAAGGGCACAUCAGUGUGGAGCCAGAUCAGUUUGAUCUGGAGAACAGCAGACCUUCUUCUCCAUUACUUAUCAUUUUGAGGAAUGAAGACAUUUCUAAGCAUAUAUGCCAGGUUCCUCAUCUGCUGGAACUAAAGAAGUCAUCAAGUGUUCUCUUUGCUGGCAUUGAUCAACCAGAUGACGUUGUCAAUCUCACACAUCAAGAGCUGUUUGGCAAAGGGGGUUUUGUGGUGUUUGAAGGAACAGCCCUAAACAAACUGUCACUGGAGAACAUGAAAAAAAUAGUUGUCUUCUUGGAGGAGCUCAGCAAAAAGGGAAAGUGGAAAUGGUUUCUGCACUACAGAGACAGCCGGAGGUUCAGAGAAAAUGCAUGGUCACAUCAAGAUGUGCAUGAUAAGAAGCAUUUCCUGGAUUGCUGUCAAGAAGCAGGAAUGGUAGAAGUGCUUCCCUACCACGAGUGUGAUGUCAUCUCCCGGGAUCACCCGAACUACUUGCACUGUUUGAUCCGCCUCCAAGUUCAGAAUGCUGCCACACGAUUUCCAGUUUUCGUUACAGAUACUCCAGACAAAUCUUUUGGAAAGAAUGGGAUUUUGACAAUGAAUAUGAACACAUUCUCACAGAUACUUUCAAAUGAUUCAUGCACCAUUUCUUAAGUAUGAUACUGUAUAUAAGUAAAUAUAAUGUAAAAUACUUUUGUCAACUUUCUUCAUAAUUUAUUUUCACAGUUUUAAAAUGAGAAAUACAAAUGUUGUCAUCUGUAAAUAAUUUCACUUGAAAUAAAUAAUAAAUUCAGCUCAUGAAUAAAAAUGAGUCUUGAAUAUCUUAA